UUUUCGUUUCCGCCAAACCGAUAGUUUAUACCUGUCUACAAAUAGAAGCUUGAGAACCACUGGUUAAAAUAUUUGCCAAAAUAACCCGAUAAUAAUUAUCUACUUAUCAUUUAAUCGAACUUUUUCCUAUUCUAUUAUUGUUAGUUAGAUAGCAGUGUACUGAUCGGUAUAUCGAUAAAUAUUUUGCCAUCCGUUCUUUUUUAUUUUAUUUUUUUAAUUAAAAUGUCAUUUGAAUAUAUCAGAAGUAAGCGGGGCCAACAAAUGAUUUUAUUGAAUAAUUUUAAGUAUCGUUUUGCAUAUAAAGCAAUACAAACGGGUAACAUACGUUGGCGUUGUUUUGUAAAAGAAUGCAAAGGUACCAUUCACGUGAAUGAGCUUGAUGAAAUUAUUGAUCAAACAGAACAUACAUGUAAUGGCCCUUGUUCUGAUCCCAUAAUUAUGAAACAAAAAUUAGCAGGCGCUUGUAAACGCAAAGCCGUAGACGAUAUUUGCCAAAGACCGCAAAAAAUAAUUUUAGGGGAAAUUCAAACAUUAAGUAAUAAUAAUUUUACGACAACGGAUGUGUCAUGUAUUCGCCAAACUAUUUAUCGCACUAGAAGACAAUUUUUUCCUACUAAUCCAGAAUCUAUAAGUGAAUUACAUACAAUUAUUGAUCAUACAGAAAUACUAACUACGCGCGGAGAACAGUUUUUAUUACACAACGAUCAUGAGAAAAAUAUUAUUAUUUUUUCUUGUGAUACAAACCUCAAAUUUCUUUGCAAUUCCAAAUCAAUAUAUGUAGAUGGAACUUUUCAGUAUUGCCCAAAAAAUUGUGUACAAUUAUUUACCAUACACGGAUAUAUAAACAAUUACUAUGUACCACUUGUUUUUUGUUUAUUAAAAAAUAAAUUUAUAGAGACUUAUAAAGAAGCUUUUGAGGUUAUAAAAUAUAAAUGCACUGAAAAAAAGUUAUUACUGUAUCCUGAAAAUAUAACUGUCGAUUUCGAAGUUUCUAUUCACAAAGCUGCUCUAAUUGUGUGGCCAUUAAUUACUAUAAUUGGUUGUAGAUUUCACUUAACCCAGAGUUGGUACAGAAAACUUUAAGAGUUAGGUUUGAGUAAUGCUUAUAAAACAUGUGAAUGGUUAAAAGGUACCUUCGGGUUAACUUUUUUAAAUCCAGAAGACGUGUCUGAUUGUUUCGUUGAUGACUUCAUGACAUCAAUACCUGAGGGAAUAGCUUUCAUUCAGUAUGCUGAUUAUUUAAUCGACAAUUAUAUUUCUGAGGAAAGCAAAUAUCCUCCAAAAAUUUGGGCAUUGAUGGACCCCUCAUUAGCCCGGACAACAAAUAAUUGUGAAUCAUUCCAUUCACAUUUUAAUGAUCAAUUUUAUAAGGCACAUCCUUCUAUUAAUAUAUUUUUAAAAAUUUUAAUAGAAAACGUUCAAUCUUAUAAUUACAUUAAAAUAUAUAGUUCUAAUAACGCAAUCUCAAUAAGCGUACGGAGUAAAAUUGAAAUCCGUUCCAAUAAAACAAAAGAGGCAAUUGAUAAGUUUAAUAAAAAAGAAAUUAGCAGACUUGAAUUUGUAAAAUUAGUUUCCAACAACUACCGAAAAAUGUAUAGAUCAUAGAUCUAUUUUUUAUUAUAUUAUUUCUUAUAUUAAAUAUUUUUUAAGCUUAUAAUUAAUAUUAG